AUGGCCCGCUUCACCUACGAACGCCUCGACAAGAACCAGGCGAUGCUCAUCGUUGUCGAUCACCAAGAAGGUCUCUACAUGCUCACUCGCGACCGCGACACUGUGCGCUACAAGAGCGACGUCUUCGCACACGCCGCCCUCGGCCAAAUCUUCAACUUGCCCACCGUCCUCACGUCCAGCUCUGAGACCGGUCCCAACGGCCGCAUCCCUGUCGAGGUCCUCGCGAUGCACCCGAAGGCCGCCUUUGUGAAGCGCCACGGCGAGGUGAAUGCUUGGGACAAUGAAGAGUUUCGCAAAGCUGUCCAGGCGACAGGACGCAGACAGGUCAUCAUUGCCGGUAUCACCACCGAUGUUUGCAUCGCUUUCCUGGCGCUCUCUCUGCGCGACGCUGAUUACUCAGUAUGGGCCAAUGCGGAUGCUAGCGGCACCUUCGACGUUCGUACGUCAAACGACGCAAACGACCGCAUGCGCUCGGCGGGUGUGCAUGUACUUUCCUCGUUCGCUCUGGCGUGCGAGCUUAUGCGCGACUGGCGCGCUACUCCCGGCGCAAAGGAGAUGAUGCCCUUCUUCGACAAGUACCUUCCUGACUACGGCUUCCUUGCGCGCUCCCAUGACUCCGCCUUGAAAGACGGUACACCAUCGGGCUUGCCGGCGAAGCUUUGA